GGAAAGCAGCGAGUUGCACUCGCGUCAGUCGAAGACCGGAGGAGAGGGAAGGAGGGAGGAUGUUGGGAGCCGACAUGAGUUACUGACCCACAUUCUCUCACUCGUUUAUCCGCUAUUCUUUCUUGACUAGGAGUCCUUUGCCGUCCACCAUGUCGGCUUCGGCGAUAUUCAUCCUCGACCUGAAGGGGAAGGUGCUGAUUUGUCGGAACUACAUGGGCAACAUAGACAUGAAUGAGAUCGACCACUUCAUGCCACUCCUGAUGAAGCGAGAGGAGGAGGUGGAGAUGACCCCCCUGGUUACCCAUGGUUCCUGCCACUUCCUGUGGAUCAAGCACAGCAACCUCUACUUGGUGGCGAUGACCAAGAAGAAUGCCAACGCUGCUCUGGUGUACUCCUUCCUCUACAAAAUAGUCCAGGUAUUUAAGGAGUACUUCAAAGAGCUUGAAGAAGAGAGCAUCCGCGACAACUUUGUGACGGUCUACGAGCUGAUGGAUGAAGUAAUGGAUUUCGGGUUUCCACAGACCACAGACAGCAAGAUCCUACAAGAGUACAUCACUCAACAGGGUCACAAGUUAGAGAGCGUUCGACCUCCUGCCACAGUCACCAACGCCGUCUCCUGGAGGUCAGAGGGCAUCAAGUACAGGAAGAAUGAGGUUUUCAUGGAUGUGAUCGAGUCAGUCAAUCUCUUGGUGUCUGCCUCAGGAAACGUCCUGCGAAGCGAAAUCGUCGGCAGCAUCAAGCUGAAAGUGGUUCUUUCGGGGAUGCCGGAGCUCCGACUGGGACUCAACGACAAAGUUCUGUUUGAAAUCACAGGAAGAGAGAAGAGCAAGACGGUGGAGCUGGAGGAUGUGAAGUUCCAUCAGUGUGUGCGACUGUCGCGCUUCGAGAACGACCGGACCAUCUCUUUCAUCCCGCCCGACGGCGAGAGCGAGCUCAUGUCCUACCGCCUCAACACCACAGUGAAGCCUCUUAUAUGGAUCGAGAGCGUGAUUGAAAAGUUCUCCCACAGCCGCGUGGAGAUCAAGGUGAAGGCACGGAGUCAGUUUAAAAGCAGGUCCACAGCCAACAACGUGGCCAUUCUAGUUCCGGUCCCCAGUGACGCCGACUCGCCCAAAUUCAAGACCAGCACUGGCACCGCCAAGUGGGUUCCCGAGAAGAGCGCCGUGCAGUGGAACAUCAAGUCAUUUCCUGGAGGGAAGGAGUACAUGAUGAGGGCACAUUUCGGGCUUCCCAGCGUGGAGGGGGAUGAGAUGGACGCGAAGAGACCGAUCACCGUCAACUUUGAGAUCCCAUAUUUCACCAUGUCUGGAAUUCAGGUGCGCUACCUGAAGAUCAUUGAGAAGAGCGGGUACCAGGCGCUGCCAUGGGUGCGAUACAUCACACAGAGUGGAGAUUACCAGCUGAGGACCAACUGAAGGGACCCGUCUUCCUGUGGGUGGACACUGGCAGCAGGCAGCAGGAAGGUAUCGCCUGCUCUCACCACCUUCUUUUCUAUUCUUUUUGACGUUGUGGAGCGGACUGGUGGGGCGGUUUUAUUGGAUGUGUUUUUAUCAAAUGUGCCUCUAAAAGGACCGGUUUUCUGAGGGGAACCAGUGAGAUGUGAUGAGAUACUUCGGUUCAGCAUGGACUGGAUGAUGCCUGACCUUUCUUUCUUCAACUAUGUCUGUGGUGUUGGGCCCAUCUGCUGAAAAUGAGUUUCAUGGUCAAAUCUCUCUCUUCAGCUCGUAAAUGUGUCACUCGCAGGUCAUUUGGAAUCUGACUGUAAACCUCUGAGCCACUUCUACGUGUUCACUGAAUAAAACAUGCAAGCGUCAAGUGCCAUGAAGGUGAAGGAAACAUGAGAAAAUGAGAAGUGCCCCACUGAAACAGGGAAUUGGUCUGGCUUCAAAUCAAACUGACAAAUUCUUUGUUUCGAAAUUGUUACGAGAAAAUCGGAACAACUCACAUAAGAAUGACUUCACCUUCAUUAAAAUGUGUUGCUAUAAUAACAUAUGGAGUAGAUUGGAACAUGUAUUUACUACUACUAUAAAUGUGGUUUGUAUAAAAAUAUCUCCCACACUGUAUGAGUCAAUAGAUGCAAAGGGUCCAAAACAGUUUUUGAUCAAAUGUACAACCUCUGAUGCUGAUUUUCAUCCUUCAAUACAGAGGUAUUUCCCACCAUAAAUGAAUGUCCCGUCCUGCUAAAUAGGCCUGAUGUGUGGAAUGAAGUGCUGACUCGGAGAAAAGUUCCUCUGUAACUUCAUUUACUGCUCACAGGAACAGACUUGUCUCUUUGGAGUCUGUGCAAGCAUCAUUGUCACUCCUGCUGUUUCCAUCAAGAAAAAAAAAGGGAUGUAUCAUCACCUUUUCUCAUCGUCUCCAGUGAACUGAAAGUCACACCAGCAGCUGCAUCAAUGAUUAAUCCGCCACAAUAUUGUCGCAGGCGUUCUCAGUGUAACACAACGCCGUGCUCCGCUGGGAGCUGCGUCCUUGUGCCCGGGGUGAACCCUCCUCUCUGAGGUUCUAUCCGCCAGCUCCCUGUGGACGAGGGCGCGAAGGCCGAGUCAUCACUCUGGUUCUCUUGUUAGAGCUUUGUUCGGGUGGUCUGUGUCAGAAUAGAGGAUUGAUCUGUUACGUCAGAAUUUUAAUGUGUGCUCAUGUUUAAUUUAUCAACAUGUCUGUCUGCUGGAAGUGAAGGGAAAUAAAGUGUUUUUGUACCUUGUUCUGGACUUGUUUGUGGACCACUCAUGUGAUGACUGGUUGUGAUUUGUCUGACCGCACUUUCCACCGAAUGGUCGCCUCUGACUUGGCUGCUCAAUGUUCCGAUUUAGGUUUGGUUCAGAGUCCUGGUUAAGGUGAGCCAUGUGUUUUGGAUGGUUAGGUUUAGGGGGAGUGACUGGGGAAAGGGUUAUGGCAAAGAGAGGUCCCCACUAGGAUAGAGAUACAAAAGCAUGUGUGUGAGAGAGAACAGUACUACGUGAUGCCAGCCGCCGCUAGCAGCCACCUUGCGCUCCGUUCCGCCGCUCGCAGUCUGUCAUCGCAGCAACAAUGGUUAUCUGUGUGACCCGCCGCGUCUCCCAGCCAAACACUAUGUUCAGACUGAUAAAACAACUGCAGUAUCAGACGCUGAACUCACUUUUUUUUCUCAUGUUUUUUUUUCUUUAGAGCCCAUUAAUCUGACGUCAGAAAGUCUUUUGUUCCCCCAGAACAGUUUCACUCUGAACUGGUGGGAAAUGUUUUCAAACACAAGUGAAGCAUCCUGAUCUCAGUCUCUGUGCUUAUAUUCAGAUCCAAAAUCUGCUUGUGAAACAACACCAGGCGUUUCCCUGCCGUGGGCUCUGCUGGUCUCAUGAAGGAGCUGGUCAGUGUGUGUCUUGAGGAUGUUGAUAGAGAAGGCGCGGCGCUGUGUGUUUGGAGAUCUAGGAGAAGCCGAUGACAGAGGGAGGAAGUGCGGCGCUGUUGAGGAAGUCAGGAGCUCCGCCCCCACAGACUGAGACGUGCCAGGUCGGCUGCAACCUAUCUGACUUGUGCAUGAAAGAAAAAGAACACAGAGUAUUUUAAAGGAGCUUUAUGAAAAACAAGUUUUUGCCCAUGCUCAGAUAAACAAUUGCUGUUUACAUUCAAAGUGCUGUAAUCCCAGAAACUCAUCCCUCAAGUCGUCGCACACUGCAGCCAGGGGCUGUGGUUCCUCCCAGCCUGCAGCCCAACUGCACGGUGACAGGACACUAAAACACUGGAGGAGGUUUGAAUGAGUCCGGGCCUCCUCAGUCCUGAUCUCGCCUGGAUGUAGAGAAAAGAACUGAGAUCUGUCCUCAAAACCCCCAAAAUAGCUCAGU